AAUCGUGAAACAGCCAUGGAACUCUUUAAAGUAGCGGCCUCCCGUGAACAUGCCGACGCACAAGUCAAUUUGGGUUUAAUGUAUUUGCAAAUCAAUGAUAAUAAAAAAGCCUUCGAGUAUUUUAAGUUAGCUGCAAAUCAAGCUCAUCAUCUCUUAGCAUAUUAUCACUUAGCUGAAAUAUAUAUGAAAGGGCUUGCGAAUGAACAAAGAUCAUGUCCCUUAGCUGCUGCAUUCUACAAAAAUGUUGCAGAGAGAGGCGAUUGGCUUCAUUCACCAUUUCCUGCAGCAUAUGCAGCAUACUCUUCUGGUGAUCGUGAUGAUGCGUUAAUUAAUUAUUUAAUAGCGGCAGAGAGAGGAUACGAAGUCGGACAGUCAAAUGUUGCUUGGUUAUUAGACAAAGAUAAGUCAUGGUGGCAUUUACCACAUUUAGUUCCGAAACCAGAUCAGUCACGUGAUAAAUUGGCCCUUCUUUAUUGGACACGGUCAGCAAAUCAAGGCAAUGUUGACGCACGAGUAAAGAUGGGUGACUAUUAUUUCAAAGGAUUUGGUACCGACGUAGAUUAUGAAAAAGCUGCAGCUUGCUACCAAGUUGCUGCAGAAGCAGAUUUCAGUGCCAUGGCAAUGUGGAAUCUCGGGUGGAUGCAUGAACAUGGCUUUGGAGUUGCUAAAGACUUUCAUCUUGCGAAAAGGUUGUACGACCAGUCUUUAACGACUAAUCCAGAUGCGUAUCUUCCUAUCACACUAUCAUUAAUUAGGUUGAAUUCAAGAAGUUUUUGGGACUUUAUUACCGGAAUUGACACAGCUAGAAAUGAGGAAGAAUCAUCUAAAGGAUUAUUGUGGAAAGAUCCAUCUUUCAUUGAAGAUGAUGAAACAGGUGGGUCUGUAGAACAUGUUCAGAAUAUGGCAAAAGAUGAGGAGCAAAAGAAAUCAGACGAUUAUUUAAGUUCACUCUAUCCAGAUAUUUUCGACGAGGCCGAUGAAAGGGAAGCUUGGUUUGAAAGUUUAACGAUAUUAUUGAUGUGUAUUAUGGUAGGAUGGCUAGUUUAUAUUCGGCAAUUACGGUGGAAUCAUGCUCAACCAGCUGUUGCUGCACCAG